AUGGCCCUCCACGCCCGCGCCCUCCUCGGCUUCCCCCCCGGCGCCAACGCCUCCGACACCGUCCUCGCCGGCGUCCACUUCAACCGCACCGUCCUCUCCUUCUGGAACUACACUCUCUACACCAACGGCACCCUCUCCAACGGCUCCAACUGCUACGUCGUCGAGUCUCCCUACACCCCCGUCGGCCUCCUCCCCAACGGCUCCUUCGUCAACUCCACCUGGUGCUACGACCCCAUCAACCCCAUCGGCCCCCGCGCCGGCGUCGGCGUCGGCUUCGGCGUCGUCUACGGCCUCGCCCUCGUCCUCGUCCUCGCCUGCCUGACCAAGCACGGCAGGUCUCACUUGCCCGUCUCCAAGCGCUUCUACCCCGUCGGCCGCCGCUGGCAAUGGUACUACGCCAUCCUCGUCUGCGUCGCCGCCUUCAUCAGCCUCUUCACCAACAUCGACGUCGACCGCUUCUACGUCGUCGGCCUCCCCAUUGUCAUCAACAGCUUUUUCUGGUACCUCCUCCAGCAGUUCACAAUGGCUCUCGUCUGGGAGGCCGUUCGCCACUGGGGCAGCUGGAGCGAGCGCCAGGCCAUCGACCCGGACCCCUUCUCCCUGCGCGAGGGCGACCGCAGGAGCAAGGUCGAGUUCUGGGCCCCUUUGUGGUUCUACUUCUGGCUAUGGCUGAACUUCUUCCUCAUCAUCCCCCGUAACUGGGGCGAGAUCGAAAAGCAGCGCUCCCCAGACCAGACCGCCUCCCGCGCCGCCCCCAACGCCACCGACGCCCGCUUCAAGGCCGCCACCUUCUGCCUCGUCGUCUGCUGGCUCACCAUCGUCGCCUCCCUCCGCCACUCCAUCAAGCACUAUUACCCGCGCAACCGCGGCCUGCUCAACAAGGCCCGCGGCUUCCUGCGCUACGUCCCGCUCCGCUUCCUCCUCAUCAUCCCGCUCGCCGCCUGCCUCGUCGCCUACCAAGGCAUCGUCUCGUGGAACUUCGCCUACUCCGUCCUCAACGCCAAGGCCUCCCUUGCCCCCGUCUACGCCGGCGGCUACGGCCCCGCCCUGCUCAUCCUCUACAUCCAGAUCGCCUACGGCUUCCUCUCCCCCAAUGAGGACAAGGAGCUAAUCCGCCAGCGCCGCGAGCGCGGCGCCCAGAUCGACCGCGAGAUGGGCUACGUCCCCAAGCCCGCCUGGUGGAAGCGCGCCAAGAACGACGACCACCUCGUCGGCCGCAUGUCCAUGCGCGAGCGCAUCGCCAGGAACGUCCGCGAGCUCGGCGGCGGCGCCGCCACCAACCGCGGCGUCCACCAAAACAUCGAUGCCAUGGCCGAAGAGCGCGAGCAGCGCGAGCGGGCCGACGACGAGAUCGAAAUGGGCCCCGUGAGCCGCGGCAACACCACCGCCACCGCCUCCGCCGCACCCGUCCCCGUGCGGCCGGGUUUCGACGCCGCGCAGGGGUCGACCUUCGCCUCGUACAGCGGCAAAUCCGACCGCCGCCGGAACGAGCGGGCCAUGGCCGCCGCCGCAGACCUGCUCUUCCCCGUCGCCGGUGCGAGUCGGCCCGACCGCACCUCGGAGCUGACGCAGGACGGCCCGCCGCCGUCGUACACCGACGUUCCCGUCACCAGAGGACGCGGCGGGAGAACAGACGGCGUCAACGCGCCUCACGACCCCAGCCAACGCAGCAACAGCACCAGCACGGCCGUCUCCAUCACAGGCCAGCAGCCCCAGCAGGUAAAGAGCAUGCUGGAUAUCUGA